AUGUUCGUCUAUGGAUUUCCCAAUGAUAGUUAUGCACUUCAAUUUGAGUGGGCGUGGCAGAAUCCUUUAAAGACACGGCAUCGACAACGUAUGACGUUUUGGGACAAUGAGUACCUGAAGAAUAGCUUGAAACACAAACAGUACUGCAACUUGCUGACCUUCAAGCUUCGGGUAUUACUCGACAUGCUCAUGAUCCAUCCAUAUCGACAAUGGCCUCUCAAGCUUCACUUUGUUGCAGCCGAUGUACGUGCUUUAUUCGACAUUGUAGCCUCGACCAUGGCAGGUGAUUUGCCAUCCCACAUGACCCUUACCAGUGGUCCACUCGAUACAUCUCCAAUGAUCUCCUCCUCAACGGUAACUGGUAGCACAACAGCCGUCAUUCGAUCCUUUUCUUCUACCCGUUGUCAUGUGUGUUUGGACCCCAUUCAAGACAUGAAUACCAAACACGACACAUUUGUAGCAUGCAACAACAACAACAACAAUGAUUGUGAUAUGGUUGCUCAUCUGACAUGCCUCGCUACCAAGUUCCUCGAUGACGCUAAAGAUCACCUGUCGUUGGUACCCGUGUCAGGCUCAUGCCCUGAUUGUCGCAAACAACUUUUCUGGGGUGAUCUCAUUCAAGAUUUACAUAAUCGACAUCGUAUAGCAUCAUCAUCAUCAUCCAAAUAA